GCCCGGUAAGUUUGUUAAGAGUGAAGUUGCAUAAAUAGCUGAGUACGGACGAGCAGAAACCAGUUCCUUUCCAGCACUUGCGUGGGCUUGUUGUCAACAUGCAGACCGUCACAUUCGUAUUACUUGUAGCCGUUGUGGCCAUGGCUCUGGCAGAAGGCCAGUUCUAUGUACCACGCGCGUAUUACACCAUUGACGCAGAGGGGCAUGCGUCUGCGCCGGUACCGCUGCGUCGCUUGCGUCGUUCCCUGAGUCCAUAUCCUUAUAUGCAUAGUGGAGCUGAUGCCAACGCUAAUGCAAAUGCUGAGGCCGAGGCGGAUUCAAAUGGCGGUAAUUCGAAUGCCAACGCGAAUGCACAUGCUAAGGCCCAUGCACGAUCAGGAUCUGGUGGUUGGGCAGUGCCUCCGUUGGGUUUGGGUUCAAAUUUGAACACAUUGAGUGUUGGUCAGCCAUAUCGUCGGUCUGGACCGGUCUAUGGUGCGAGGUCGGUCAGCGCUGGCUCUUCGGUCGAUCUCGACUCCUCAGGUGUAGGUUAUUAUGCCCAGUACGCCUCUGUCGACUAAAUGAAUCGUUCAACACAAAUCAUUACAUUACCCGAUUUGGCACCAAAAUGUAUAGUAAUUACACAUAUCAUAUUAUUUUUCUUGUCAGCAUCGUUAAUUAAGUGUUGUGAAAUAAUAAUAUAUGGAUGGUACAUACCUACCUUACCAUGUUUCAUUUGAUUAAGAUUUAUUGUAUGACAUUAUAUGAAUAUUUUACG